AUGGGAUGGUUUUGGGCGGAUCCUGUUAAGACACAGACUUGCCCCGUGAGCGGUAGCUCUAAAGGUUCAAAGUGUCCUGUCACUCACGAAAGUGCUCCAAAAAAUGCUAAGAGCAGCACAACAGAUGGAUGUCCCGUUCUGCAUGGCUCGGACCCUCAAGAUGGGUUGAACCCAUUGAAUCAUAUUCCUGCUAAUUUGUCGAUGGAAAGACAAUCCCACCAGAUCUUGGAACUCCCCAAAGAUCGGACUACAAGCUCGAUUCCUAAAGGUAGCGAGGAAACCGGCGAAUUCUGGGAAUACCCCUCACCGCAACAGAUGUACAACGCCAUGGUCCGCAAGGGUAAAAUCGACCCAAAUACCGGAGAAGAAAUCCCUGAAGAUGCUGUGGAGUCCAUGGUUUUUGUACACAACUAUCUCAACGAAGGGUGCUGGCAGGAGAUUUUGGAUUGGGAGAAAAAAUACAUAGAGGACACAAAUGUCGAACCCAAACUUCUGCAGUUCAUGGGUAAGCCCACUCAGUAUUCGCCCAGAGCACGUUGGUUCAAUUUUCUCGGAACGGUCUUCCCUACCUGGUUCUCCAGUGAGCUUCCCUUCGAUAGGCACGACUGGACUGUUCUAAGACCGGACCCUUCGUCCUCUAACACUGAACACCCUGGCUACAAGAAGGUUCGCUACGUGAUCGAUUUUUACGGUGGACCAGACGACGAAGAAGGUUUACCCACGUUCAAUCUGGAUGUUCGUCCCGCGCUUGUUGAUUUUACAAGUGCAAGGGACCGUUUCACCAGAUGGACUGAACCAAUUCUCAGCGAGUACUUCGGGAGCGAGAAGAAAUGA